AUGGAGGCCCUGCCGGCCGACGAAGAUGCUCCUCAGGCUGGCCCUGACGAGCCACCUUUACCGGCGAAACCGACAACGCAAGCCUUGCCGGAGAAAGCAUCAGAUGAUCCCCGGUCUGGGCUCGAUUUUCUUAGAGCUACCGGUGCUCCGGUGACACCAGAACCUCCUAGGUCUACGGUUCAUGACUCUGCUGCUAGAGUAACCCCUACUCCUUCUGAUUCUCCACAUCCUGUCGCCUUCACUCUACCCCCGGAUGUUGCUUCUUGCAGCAAAGAUCCCCCACCGCCAUCGCCUAGCCCCACUCCAAGCACGGUGCGUGUGUCUGUUGGCCCGCCGUCGGCUUCUUCCACUCCCAAGCGAGCGCGAAAUGGGAAGUGGGCGCAGAGUACUCUGGUCGUUGGAGGCCGCCGUAUUCCACCGCCUGACAAUGACAAAGAAGCUGAGCAACCGGAGGAAGUUGACAUCCCUGUGCGCGCGGAUACCGGCUCGCCCGCACUCACCAAGAUGCAGCUGCGAGAGCAGGUGUACCUUGAGGCGAGUAUUAACUACGAGACGAAGUGGUCGCAACACUUUUCCUGGCUGGUGUUUGGGAAGACCAAGGACGGUUUUCCAUACGUGAAGUGCUCCAUCUGCAUGUCGUACGCGAAGGGGAACACGAGUGAGGCGUUGGCCGUGAAGGACGCCGCUGAGUCAAACGAGGACCUUGGCAUGGUCGACAAAGUGGUGCGCACAGUGGCGACGCUUCUCGGAAACUCAAGCGUGUGGAGUCAGCGCUUCAAGUACCUUCAGCGAGUGAUCUACCAGACAAACCUCGAGGUCCAAGGAAUCCACACGGUUCGAUGGCUGUCACGAGGUGAUGCGGUGCGCAGGCUGUGCAAGGUCCUCGGCGCUUGCAUCGUGCUGCUCUGGGAGCACAACCACAAGGCCUACGAGAUUGUGACGUGCUACAAGUUCCAGUUCUGUUUGUUUUUCCUGGCCAACAUUCUGGCCGACAUGAACGACCUCAACCGCUGCUUCCAGAGGCGUGAGCUGGAUGUGACUGAGAUUUCGAAGACUAUUGAGUCCACCACGAGUGACCUGACGGAGCGCUACUUGACGACAAACAAACCGUUCGGGGACGAGGGCAAGAGCUGGCUGGUAAACUUCCUCAAGGUCCACAAGGAGGGUGGAGGCAAGCAGGUCCGGGUUCGAGGCGUGGACGGAGAGGGACGCCCAAUCAACCACCUCUACACCAUGCAUGAGAGGGAGCUGAAGGGCCACAAGCAGGGAAGCACCUACGCAGACUGCGUGAAGCUGUGCCGCCAAUUUGCCCGCGACUGCGUGGACAACCUGAACGAACGGCUGGAUGACCUUGGGAAGCUGGGCCCGACGAAGCUGUUCCGGGCGGGGAAGUGGCCGAAGAUCAAGGCCCAGCGAGAGAAGAAGUGCAAGGAGUGGCUGCACGGAUGCAGCAGGCUCUUCCGCCACAAGCUGCCGGGAUUCGACCUCAAAGCAGCAGAGAGGGAGCUCCCGACAUUCUGCGCGAUCAUGGAGUCACACCAUGAGAUGGAGAGCUUCGCCCAGUGCCUUCACAACUUUCUUGGGAGCGUAGACUCAAAGAGGUAG